CACUAAACUUCCUUCUAGACGCUAUAAAGUCCACAUUUACAACAAUACCCCUUAUCCUCCCUAUUAUUUAAGUUAGGAAGUCCAAAUCAGCAUUAUGAACAAUAAGGCUAAAACUGUCAUUUAAAUACAGACUAUUUAAUUCUAUUUUCUACUCUCUAACUUUCAACAAUGUCCAAUUUACAACUCCCCCUCUUUCUUCUUCUUCUUCUUCUUCGUCGUCGUCGUCCUCCUUCUCCUCCUUUCUUUGACAUUGACCCUGUCUGUCUCUUUCACACAUUCACACACUCAUUGCGUGUAUAUAUACGAUACAUAUAUAUUAGACACACAGUAGGAAUGUUUGUCUGCUUGGAAUUUUCCACCAUUUUCCUUUGAUCCACCGUUUUCUUUCCAACUAUAUAUAUGUGUCCAUUUUUUCUCAACAAUUUCAAAUACCAAAUUUGUCACCACCCAAUUGACUUCAAAUAGCGUCUAAAAAAAAGUUUCAGUAAACCAGAUGAUUGUGGAGGCGGCGUUGGAGGUAUUAGUGCCGUCGUGGUGGGAGGUGAAAGUCACCGUCGCCGCCACGGCAUUCAUCAUAAUUUCUUACUGGUGCUUUGCCCUCGGCGGCGGCGCUGCCUGCGGUGAUGAUCGCAUUUCCGUCGAUGAUUCCGGUGGUGUCGUCGAGGAUAAGCAAAAGAUGGGCCAGUUAAAAGGAGACCCUCAAACUAAUUCUGCAUAUAUAAUCAAGGUUGAACUAUUAGCUGCUAAAAAUCUCAUUGCUGCUAAUUUGAAUGGGACGUCGGAUCCAUACGUAAUCAUCACUUGUGGCACACAAAAAAGAUUUAGGUGAUUGUAUAUAAUUUUGUUAUCCUGUUAUCUUGGAGGGUCAGUUAUAUAAAGAGAUGUUUCCUAGUUAUAUCUAUACUUCCUUUUAUUGCUGUGACUGCAACCAAUCUGCAUUGUUGAAGAGGAAGCAUGAUGAUUUUCUUUUGCGAGUAUAUAUCUGCAAAUUGAAUGUCAAUAUAUGACAGAAACAUGAG